CUUUGAAAUUACCACGACUACGUAUGUCAAAAGGCAAGAGAAACGAUGCCCUUUGAAUUUAUCGACAAUAACGCGCCAAUUGAUCGCGCGUCGAGAAAGCGAAUCCGAAGCCGCGCAGCGACCGGGAAGAACGCCAACAGGACCCUCGUCCGCGCACCAAAGGCCCAUAUUCUCAGAAACCCCGCAGCUAGUACUCCGUUCAAAGCUCCUACAAGUCUUCACAAAACCCGCGAGAAUCAGCAAAAUAAGGGUGAUGAUGAUCUGAUUGUUGAGAUUGGUCGUCCCGUUGAUGAUGGUCUGGAAUUCCCAAUCCGAGUGCACCCGGAAUCGAGAUAUCUUGUCCGAGAAGCGCUUUUCUUCUUCACCAACAUCCGACAUAACCCCCAGCUCGAUGGCGCGUUAGUCAAUCCGGAUAAUAUGCGAUCGCUCUGGGUGCGAUAUUUCUUCCAAGACGAGGCUUACUUCCACUGUUCGGUAGCCACAUCAAUCCUCUGCUCGAAAAACCGAGUGGACGAAACGGCACAGGGGAUGCGCCACAUUGCACAUACCUAUCGUAUCGUGCAGGAGCGUCUCCACGGCAAGGAAGCAACGUCUGAUAUGACCAUCGCCAUCUUAAUAGUCAUGUCACAGUAUGACAGGUUGCAAGGGCAGUAUAUGCGUGGGUUUAUUCAUGUCCAGGGACUGUACAGGAUGGCACAAUUACGUGGAGGAGUCGUGAAGUUGAGUAGGGAGUGUUGGGGAAUUGCGCAAAAGCUUUUGAGGGCUGAUCUGGAGUACGCUUUACAACUCGGUUCGAAGACGCUUUUUGGUGACGAUGGAAUCGAGGCCCUCUGUGAAAUGGGUUUCCCAUAUGUUGGUAAUGGAGAGCAAGUCGACUCGGGUGAUGGAUCUGAGCUGGACUCGUUCUUGAAGCAGACCCUUCGGACCGAACUAUGGGCGGUCUUCGCAGACAUGCGCCGUCUCGGCGCAAUGCUCAAUGACGCCAGUGCUGGUCGUAGACGAAAACUGGACGGUGUAGAUUUCCACUGCUCUAUCCUGCUUCUCGGUUAUCGAAUACUGAAACUGAACCCACUAGACGAAGCUUUGGGCACAGCCAUGAGUGACCUUGAGAAUGUGAUUCAACUUGGUCUUCUGGCGUUCCUGGUGACCUUUCUGACUGGAUUGGACCAUCGCAUCCUUGACAAGCCGCUUCUGUCACGUCGGCUGCGACUUGCUAUCAAGAUGCUCUCUGCAUCAAAGGAUGCCGGGCAGCAAAGUCAGCUGGUGCAACGCGUGAUAAUGUGGUCGCUCUUCGUUGGAUCAGCAGCCGUGUUCAAGUGCUCUGAAGACGACUGGCUCAACCCGAUGACCCAGGCCACAAUGCGGACCCUUGGCUUAUAUGCCUGGGAAGAUGCAAAGAAGGUCUUGACUGGAUUUCCGUGGGUAGAUGCGCUUCAUGAUCGAGCGGGUAUAGUGCUCUGCUCUACACAAAUCCUACUCAAAUUUUCCGGUGCAACAGAUCAAUUCUUCUAAGUCGGCUACUUAACACGGCUUCGAGCUAUAUUGGGACAGUGUCUACUGCAUUUCCAAAGCCUUCUGCACACAUCCUGGAGCAGCAGUCUCCAGUUCCUUGACGAGGAGGUCCCACAGGCGCCUCUGAUCCUUCUGCGCCUCCGCAUCGGUCAUCCACUCGGGGAGUCUCUCACUGCAGAGUCCUAUCAGUACAAGCGCAAGACGCGCAGAUGAAGGAAAGGCAACUUACUCGUUGAUCUCGCAAUGUGUCAGGUAACGCCCGUGGCUCUCCUUACCCAGGGCAACACCAGCAAGAAGCGUCCUACUACCCUCCUCGGCGGUUCGUCCAGACUCUUCACGCAGUUUGCCCAGUUCUUCCCUGAAAGUACCGGUCAUGUUACGGUCAAGCUCAGUGAUACAAAGACCCGGACAGCUUGCAUUGAUCACCACUUUGCCUUUCUCAACGGGGAGUAACGAGGCAAGUUCCCGGGUUAUCAGAGUAUCCAUGAGCUUGGAAAUCGGAUAUCUAUGUGGAAGACGUGUCAGCAGAAUCAAGACAACCAGUGAGUGUAGAGCCUUCAUGGAGAAACAUACGAAACCAUCAACUUCUCCGCCCCAACCGCUUCGAGCUUAUUGUACGGAUCAUCCCGAAUCGCUUCCCACUGGUCACGGACAUCAAACGCCGAACCAGAUGUAAUCAACGACAACCGUGGGAGUAUCCCAAACUUCUCCGCACUCUCCUUCAACUUUGGCAGCAACAACAUGGCUAACAAGAAAGUACCGAACACAUUCACGGUAAGAGGCAAGAUAUGGCCCUCGGCCAGAAUCCUCUGUCCAGUCGCAACGGCCGCGUUCUCAAUCACAGCAUCGACCCGAUCGAGCUCAUUCUCGACCCGCGCAGCAAAUGCUUUGACGGAGUCGUACCUGCUCAGGUCGAGAGCCCAGACUUCUGCAACCCCCGAGGUCGCCGUGGCAGCGUCGAUUUCCGCACGGGCUGUUUCGCCGUUGGCGGGACGGCGCACUGCGAGGAUUACCUUGGCUGCACCGAGACGCACGAGAUGUUUGGCGGCUUCGAAACCUAGUCCGGUGUUUGCGCCCGUGACGAUGUAGGUGCCUCCCGUCACGGCUUCUUUGGUUAGGAGGAUGGGGAGGUCUCGAGGUUGUCCUGGGAUGUCGGCGGCCAUGUUGCUUUCUGGGGUCUGGUGGAUAGAGAGUAUAUAAACCUUGAGCUGAGUUGAUAUUUGAAACAAUUGGAUCACUGCUUUCUCAAUAAAGAUGACAAGGACAACUACUCGUAU